CCCGGAUGGAUGCUGUGUUCUGCACGUAGUGAUCUUCCUUUUGGGUCACGGAAGGACGAAAGUGACUGGAAUGAAGAGUACAGAAGGAUGUGCCCAUUCCAUUACUUCAAAAGCAAAGUUGCAGUGAACUUUUGGAAAAAAUUUAUCAAUCCUCGAAAUCUUCCACCAAGUAACUUUCGACCUACUGGGGAUGAAGACGAGGUAAUGUAUCCUGCAAAGUUGAACCAACUCAGUGAAGUUUAUCAGUUGGGUGAUUUUAAGCCAAAAUAUAGGAUGUUUUUUUUGGAGCUGUACCAUGAUGUCUAUGCGCUUAAUGAUGAGGUUCGUGAUUGUCUUUUACUUUUUCUUUUCUUAUUUUUAUGUUAGUUAUUUCUUCUUGCUUCCUUUUUUUUUUUUUUUUUUUUUUUUUUUUUUUUUUGUUUAUCGCUGAAUCGCUAUUUUUUUUUCCCUUAACACAGCAUAUUGAUGUGAUGCUAUAUUAUUUGAGGAAGAAAAUGAUGUAUCAUCCUCCAGCUGCCAAUGCUGUUAAGUACACAACUGUAGAUAUGAUGUUUGAUCAGCUUGUGCAAUUUGAGAUCAAUAGAUACUACGAAGACCCGGUUAAUUACCACUGGUAUGCUAGCGGCAGUGAUGAUGCAUUUUUUCUGAAUAAUAUCGUGUAUGGGCGAAGAGGAAAAUGUGGUAUAUCAUGGGAGAAUGUCGACAGGGUAUUAAUUCCUAUUCGCCCAGGAUAUGAUGAUCCUAAAGCAAUUUCUCACUAUGUACUUGCUGUUUUCAUCCUUGAUGAGCGUAAAUUGGUAGUUUAUAACUCACUCAAUCAUAAUGAUGAUCAUUUGGUUCGC